CAGUGGACACCCCACUCGAAACCAAAAUGAAAAAAGACACACUGGCAUUUGGACCAGCGCCGGCGGACCGCGAUGUUGUUGAGUUGAGUGACUCUCUUUGCUUCUGCUGUAUUCUGCUGCAUAAUCAAAUUUCAAUCUUCCAUGGCGAAGAAACCAGUGAAAUACUCCGUGGUGGAUGCCUUCACUGAAUCAGCUUUCAAGGGAAACCCAGCAGCGGUUUGCUUAUUAGAAGAAGAUAGAGACGACCAGUGGUUACAGGCCGUGGCCUCCGAGUUCAAUCUAUCCGUGACUUGUUAUCUGAGUCGGGUCACCGAUUCUACACCUACUUCAGCUCCUAGGUUUGGUCUCAGAUGGUUCACGCCUUCCAAUGAGGUUGAGCUUUGUGGUCAUGCAACAUUAGCGGCUGCAUACACUCUCUUUAAGUCUGGUUUAAUAAAUUCCAACUUUAUUGAGUUUGCUACAUUAUCUGGAAUCCUAACAGCUAAAAAGGUUCCAGAUGUUAAGAAAGCCAAUGGUUCAAAUAAUAUUCAAAAUGGUGAAGCACAAAACUCCUAUUUCAUUGAACUGAAUUUUCCUGCCGCCCCAUCUUAUGAAUUCAACUCUAGUGAGGUUUCAGUGAUCUCCGAGGCCUUGGAUGGUGCUUCUAUGGUUGACAUAAGGAAGACACAUGUCACCGACGAUCUACUUGUUGUGCUUCCAUCAGCAAAAACUGUUGCAGAUUUACAGCCAAAGUUUGAUGCAAUCCAAAGAUGUCCAGGGUCUAGGGGAGUGAUCGUAACAGGGAUUGCUCCUCCAGAGUCUGAAUAUGAUUUUUACAGUAGAUUCUUCUGCCCUAAAUAUGGGAUUGAUGAAGAUCCUGUUUGUGGGAGCGCACAUUGUGCCUUAGCAUCAUACUGGUGCAAAAAACUGGGAAAGUCUGAUGUUUUUGCAUAUGCGGCAUCCCGUCGAGGCGGAGCAGUAAGCAUGCGUCUAGAUGAGCAGAAUCAAAGGGUGCUGCUGCGAGGGAAAGCUGUUACUGUCAUGGAAGGAACUGUCUUAGUUUGAAGUUUGCCAAGUACAAAAAUUUGAAGUAAAUGACUCAAUUGGUGGAAGACAAAACAAAACCCCCCAUUACAUUUGAAUAAAUAUUAAUAUUCGAGCUAUUUGUUUUGAUUAUUGUGAACUAUGCAUUCUGUAUUCUCCAUCUUGGCAUCUUGAAAGGUUAAAUAUGGUAAUUCAAAGCAAA